AUUUUCCAACCUGAUUUUUUUNAGAAGGUCCUGCAAGAGUGUCCUCGAUGCCUUUCAUAGAACUGGAGAGUAACCUGCCGGCGAGCUGCAUCCCCGAGGAGUUGGUGAACAAAUUAUGUUCCGUGGCUGCCGAGGCACUCAGCAAGCCAGCCGAGAGAAUCAACAUCACAGUGAAAACUGGUUUAGCCAUGCUAAUUGCAGGCUCCAUGGCUCCAUGCGUGCAGCUGACCAUUUCAUCCAUUGGUGUGGUGGGCAGUGCUGAGCAGAACAAGCAGCACAGUGCCAAGUUCUUUGAAUUCCUUACCAAGGAGCUGGGCCUAACAGCAGACAGGAUUUUGAUUCGAUUUUACCCCGUGGAACCUUGGCAGAUCGGGAAGAACGGUACCGUCAUGACUUUUCUAUAGAAAGGCGAUAUCUGUUUGUUCCCUGGAAGGCGAGUUGUGACCAGAUGUGAUCUCAGUCAUGCUGAAAAAAUAUACUACAUAGAGAAGGUACACUACACAUUGACAGGUAUAUAGCACCUUUCACGUUGGGAGGAAGACAUCCCAAGAUGCUGGGAAGAUCUCAAUCUUCAAGCUGCUCUUCAGAAUGUGAUUCUUUAGUUUUGUAAUGGAAUAGUUAUCUUCUGAGCCAAUAGAAAGUGCAAGGACACACAUGCGCGGUGCGACGCAAACAGUAAAUGGGCUUCACUCCACUCGAAGGCCCCACUGUUGUGAUUGUGUGUGUGUCUCUCUCUCUUUCAAUGUCUAUGUGUGAGUCUCUCCUCUGUAUGUCUUUGUGAGUGUCUGCUUGAGUGUGUUUGUGAAUGUCUAUGUGAGUGUGUCUCCUCUCUACGUGUGUCUGUGAGUGUCUCUGUGAGUGUUCCUGUCUUCUCUAUAUGUGUUUGUGAAUGUGUCUGUGUUUAUGAGUGUCUCCAUAGAGUGUCUUUCAAUAAAGUG